CAGUUUGUGCCCUAAUGACUUCGCAUUCCAUCCCAAAUCCCCAAACAGUAGCGGAGAGGAGAGGAGCGGCAGGCGAGCGAGCUAGCGGUGCCACCACGGCCACCGGCCGGGAGAGCGCGAGCGGAGCAGCGAGGAGAGUGAGAGGUUGAGGGAGUGCCGUAGAAAGAGGGAGAGAGAUAGAUAUUUGAGAUAUAGAUAUAAAAGAACCGCUCUUGAGAGAACUAAGAGUGAAGGAAAGGGAGGAGAUUGACAAAGAGAGAGAGAGAGAGAUUGAAUUAGAGGUACCGUCUCUCGCUCUACUUGAUCUGUGUGCUCUCGACGAUCAUCAUCAUGGCCAACAAGCUUGUGGUUCUUGGAAUCCCUUGGGAUGUGGACACGGAAGGAUUGAGGCAAUAUAUGAGCAAGUUUGGGCCUUUGGAUGAUUGCGUUGUCAUGAAGGAGCGUUCCACUGGUCGUUCUCGAGGCUUUGGCUAUGUAACUUUCUCAUCAGAGGAGGAUGCUAAGAAUGCACUUGAAAGUGAGCAUGUUCUUGGCAACAGAACUCUUGAGGUGAAGGUUGCAACACCAAAGGAAGAGAUGCGAGGACCAGUGAAGAAAGCUACCCGAAUAUUUGUUGCAAGGAUCGCACCCUCAGUCACAGAGGCAAUGUUCCGAAGUUAUUUUGAAACUUAUGGAGUAAUAACAGACCUGUACAUGCCAAAGGAUCAAGGUUCAAAAGGGCAUCGAGGAAUUGGCUUUGUCACUUUCGAUAGUGCAGAUUCAGUGGAUUCCAUAAUGGCAGAGUCGCAUGAACUUGGUGGCUCUACUGUGGUUGUUGACCGUGCUACUCCAAGGAAUGAUGACAUGAGAUAUCCAAGCAGAAUGGCACAGGGUGGAUAUGGUGCAUAUAAUGCUUAUAUUUCAGCAGCAACUCGGUAUGCGGCUCUUGGUGCUCCAACGCUAUAUGACCAGUUUGGUUCAGCAUAUGGAAGAGGAUAUUUUGGGCCUUCACGUGGGAUGGGCAGAAAGAUAUUUGUUGGAAGACUUCCCCAGGAGGCAAGUGCUGAAGAUCUGCGCCAGUACUUUGGCAGAUUUGGUCGGAUCGUGGAUGUAUAUGUUCCAAAGGACCCUAAAAGAAGCGGCCAUCGAGGGUUUGGUUUUGUGACUUUUGCUGAUGAUGGUGUAGCAGAUCGUGUGUCGCGCAGAACACACGAAAUUCUUGGACAGGAGGUUGCUAUCGACUCAGCAACACCACUUGAUGAUGCUGGUCCUAGUGGAGGUUUCAUGGACGCUGCUGAGGCUUAUGGAGGGUAUGGUCCUAUGAGAAACUACGGCAGGCUCUACGGCAGCCUUGAUUUUGAUGAUUAUGGUUACGGUGCCAGCGCCAGCGCCAGCGGGAGCAGCAGGCCGUCAAGAUUGGAUUGGAGGUACAGACCUUACUGAUGCAGGUAGCACACUUCUGGUGACUUGUCGGCGGCAUUCACAUUGGACUACUACAUACAAUGCUAAAUUUGUAAGGAUGAUAUGCUUGGAAGUAGUCAGGCUGGGAUAGAUUGUUGAAAACAUUUGAGCAGUGUUAUUAUCAACGUGGUUUGUCACUAUACUGAACCAUCAUUUCCUCUGCGAUGUUAAGAAGCUUAUGUUCUAGCGUUUCUGCA